AUGAGCAGCAGCCCCUCGAAUAGCAAAGUGAUCAGCAGCAGCAGUGCACCGCCACCUUUCACCUUGACCUUUGCACCGUCACCUUUGGCUUCGGUGGCAGUGGCCACAAGCACGCGUUUGUCGCCGUCUUCAUCCCCUUCACCGGCGAACACAUUUCAGCCUACUUUAUCAACACUCACCACCACAUCGUCAUCAGCAACAUCAGCAACGACAUUGCCAAGUAAAUCCCCUUUUAUCAGCAAGGGGCCACUAAUCUUUAACCGCAGCAGUACCUCCACUGCACCUAGUAAAAGCACUAAAUCUGGCAGCAGCAACGGCACUUUAUCGACCAUCGCAUCAAGCCAUUCAUUAAAUUCUUCGAGCAGUAAUAGUAAUUCGGUCAAAGUGAAUUCACCGAUUUCACUGGCUACAACGGUGAGGAGUACCACCACCACAACUACCGCUGCUGCUGCUGUUAACGAUUUGUCCACUAAUCUCGGAUCAUCAUCAAGUUCAGCGUCGGCCGACAUCGGCGGCAGUAGCAGUGGCACUGCUGUCAAAGCAACUACACCUGUGGAAUUGUCAACAACAGCUGCAUCAUCAUCAUCCUCCACCACGACCACCGCUCUUCCAACUAUUCACUCUUCUAUCACUGCAUCGGCUAGCAAGCGGAUAGUGCAGUCUAUCAUCAAGAAGCAGCAGACAACUUUAUCGGUGUUCACUACUACAACUAGCACAUCAUCACCGCCACAGCCGCCGUCUGCCACAUCUGAGUCAAUUCUAGAGAACACCAUUGAGGUGGAGGCAAACAAUAGAUCUAGUAGUACUGCUACUACUACAGCAAGUACUACUACCACUGCCAGACGCUGGUCAACCUCGGAAAAGCCUAAACUACCGGAAGAAGUUAUGGACCAGUCGGACGACAAAAUGCAGUCUGUGAGCUCAACAGCAAACACUGUGCCUAGCAAUGCAA